GCGUGCAUCUCGAGGUGAUAAUGUCCCAUCAGUUGCUCCUGCGGCUGUUCUUGUCUCCAUCGUUCUUCUCGCUUCAUGUUGCGCUGCGAUACCUGCGCCAUUACUCCGACAACAUCGGCAUCACGUACUACCUGACAAGAAGACUGAGAGAGUAUGACACGAACGAACUGAGGGAAGUAUGGGGAUUAAUAUGUCACCUCCUAGUCACUAGGCCAUCGAAGUCAAGGGCGUUGGAGUGUUUCGUGAAAGAAAUAUGCGAGAGAUCGACGCACAUAUCUAUGCUAACAUUAUGGUUCAUGCAAGCGACCCUCAAUGACCUCGCCGUUGAUAGGCAUAACACCCCCUCCUUCUUCAUCUGUCAACGCACACUGCACCAAUGCCAUGAGCUCAUAUUCGGCGACAUCCCUCCACCCGUACCAUCGCCCUACCAAACCCUCAGCCUGACCUUUCGUACCAAGUCCUUGUUCGCUCGCAAGAAGGUGAAGGCAAACGUCGAGCCUGCGCUCGUCGGACUCGGGAUGGUGCUAGCGGGGGCCCCGGGUAUGCCUAGCGUAACGGAAAUUAUGGGUGAAGUCGCGAUUGAGCAAGGGCGGCUCGAUGAGGAAGGGACAGAGAUGAGAGGAUUUGAUACGGGCGAGGAUGACGUCGCGACCGGGAACGCUGAAUCUGUCUUACCGAAAGACAAUCCGGAUGAAGGCGAUUCUGGAGAGAACUCGGACGGCGAAGCACUCACCCCCGUCAUCACGCCGGUCACCGAGUACGCCGACUCGUCCACGAAUGCCGCAGUGGAUCGAACGCUUUCGUUGGACGGACACGCGGUGACCGCUGCUCGCCGUAUGAAGCGUACCAUCACGCCGUCCGCCGCCCAAACCUCGCCCGCCUUACCCCUCCACUUGAUGAACAUACGUCGGUCGCGCAUGUCGGAAGAUCCGCUUGGACAAUACGAACAACCUGCCACGGUGUUCACGCAUACACCUUCCCAAUCUUCCCCAUCAGUUUCGCUUUUGAAGCCGAACAGGGGACCUGCUGCCGAUUCCAUCUUGUCGAAGUACGGUGCACAGACGCAGAUUCAUCUGCUGAGGAGCUACUACUGUCGCUCAGAGGUACAGUUCUUGCUGACGCUGGAAAGUAUCUCGAACCGCCUGCUCGUCAUCCCACGGCCAGCGCGAGUCAGUGCCCUGCGAGCUGAACUUACAGCACUGAAUCACAAACUCCCUGCGGAGGUAUGCAUGCCAAUGUGGUGUUCAUCCUCAGACGUCCCCGGACCCCCACCAGCCAGAAUACCACAACCGCACCAUCGCAUCGUGCGCAUCCCUCCCGGAGAAUCGGUAGUUCUGAACAGCGCCGAGCGUGCGCCGUACGUGCUCAUUCUUGAAAUUCUGAACGACGACCUCGACUUCGAUCCCGCGAAGCGUAGCAACAAGGAAAUCCUGAAAAAGAUCGUCGAGAAGGAAAAUGAGCGUAAGGGCGCCUCGCACGAUCUCGUCGCCUUUGCGAGGCGAGAUAGCGUCAAGGGCAAGGAUGUCCCGCAGCUUCCAGCAGACGGAGAUGCCGACGCUGCGAACCCUGAAGCUGAUGUCGACGGCGCCAAGUCCGAGUUCGCUCUGGGCGAAGAGGAGAUGGGAAAGGAGAUGGAAGGCCCGCCUCCCGUCAUCUCUGCAAUUUCCCCGACGCCGACCACAGCUCGCUUUCCGGAAGGCGGAGAAGAGGAGGAGGAGGAGAUUGACCUGGUAGAGCAGCUAUAUGGCGCUGGUCACUCGCUCCGUUCAAAGCCGGUGGACCUCUCUGACUCGGUCGUCUUGCCUGCGGCGCCGAAGAAUAGGGAUCUCGACAUGGCCGCGUGGUCCUCGUCGAACCCCGUCACGCCAGCUGUGGCCAUACAAGGGUCUUCCGCCUUCGCGCGAGCUCAGACCGUGCCGAACACGGUGGACAACGGGCUGAGUAUGGACGAGUACGCGCAGAGGAUGAGGACGGCGGCAGUGAUGCUUGCGCAGCUGAAUGCCAGCAUGAUGCGGGAACCCGUAACAACCGCGCCUGUUCCCGGGGCACCACACGCAUCCGACGCCGCUCGAGGAUGGUCCAGCUGGAUCCCUGGUGGGACCACUGCCGAAGCGAGCGCUGCGAAGGGCCCUGUUCAUCCGACGCUGGCGAACGCGGGCCCCCGCGCCGACCCGGCCGCACCCCAGAUGCGCAUGAAGCUGCAGCCAGCCGAGGCGACCGCCAUCCGUGAGCGAAUCAUGAAGGAGAUGCUCGCGCUGGAGGAGGAGCGCAUGGCGCGCAUGCGCGAGCGGGAGAACCGAACCGGUUUUGUGCCGGUACGAGAUAUUGCGAGCGGAAGCGGGGCGGCAAAGAGUGCGGAAGACGAAGGCAUCAUUAGGCGGGAGCUAGACAAGGCGGACCCGAGUGCUGCGGUGUUUAGCGAGAGCUGGACGACGAAGAAGAGUCGAAUACGGCAGGCAUCACCCUAUGGGCACCUUGCCUCUUGGGACUGCGUGUCAGUGAUCGUCAAGACGGGGGGUGACCUGAGGCAGGAACAGUUCGCGGUGCAGCUCAUUCAAGAGUUCGGCAAGAUAUGGCGGGAUGAGAACUGCCCAUGCUGGGUCCGACAUUUCCAGAUCUUGAUCACGGGCGCCACCUCCGCCAUCGUUGAGACCAUCACAGACGCGGUAUCGAUACACUCAAUCAAGAAGGCGGAAUACGCGCGACGAUUAGCGGAGGGUGGACUGGGGCACGUUACAUUGCUAGAUCACUUCAAGAACACCUACGGCGACCCUGGGUCCGCCAAGUUUGCCCGGGCGCAGCGCAACUUCGCCAAGUCCCUAGCCGGGUACUCGGUCGUCACAUACCUGCUCCAGAUCAAGGACCGGCACAACGGAAACAUUCUCCUCGACCGGGACGGGCACCUGAUCCACAUCGAUUUUGGCUUCAUGCUCUCCAACUCGCCGGGAAACAUCGGGUUUGAGGCUGCACCGUUCAAGCUGCCGCUCGAGUACGUCGACGUGCUCGGCGGCGUGGACGGCGACGGGUUCAAAGAAUUCAGGCGCCUGUUCCGGGAGGGCUUCGAGGCCGCGCGAAAACACUGCGACAGGAUCGUCACCAUGGUUGAACUCAUGCAGAAAGAUUCGAACUUCCCUUGCUUCGCCGCCCUGGGGGAACAGACUGCGGUUCAAUUGCGGGAUCGCUUUAUGCCUACGAUGACACAUACGCUUGUGGGGGAACACAUAGACCGGCUCAUCGACACGUCUCUCGGAUCUCACUGGACACGCCUGUACGACUCGUACCAAUACUAUUCGCAGUCUAUUUUAUAACUCGUUCACACUCGGACCUUCACGCAUCUUCGCUUUCUUUCCAGCGCCACCACAUUUGUGUAUCUAUGACAUUACAAAUCCGUGUAUAGUUCUGAUACGACCAUCUCCAUGGUAGAUGAACAUGAGCAAUGAAAACAAAAU